AUGAUGCGUCGUCUGAAGAGCAUUGCUUCUGGUCGGGCUUCCGUCUCAGAUCCUGGUGGGGAUUUAAGCACUAGCAAGUCAAAAAUGGAGCAUGAAUCGAAUCGAAGAGACUUGCACAAAGUAGAGGUAGGAGAAAAAAGUUCAAAAGCUCCAAAGGAGCUUACGGUAUUUAACUCGUCGGAAAUAACCGCAAGCACAUCCUCCAAUGCUGUAAAUGGUAAAAAGCCCGAGAACACGGACCACAAAGAGCUACCCAAAGAUAUGCCCGAAAUGAAGAUCAGAGAUGGUAAAAAUGCUAACGGAGAGGAGAAUGUCAAGGAUCUGGAGCCCACUGUUGUUAGUGGCAAUGGAACAGAAACUGGUCAGAUUACUGUGAUUUCAGUUGAUGCGCGAAAUGGACAGCCGAAACAGGCAAUGUCCUUCAUGGCGGAACGUGUAGUGGGCACUGGUUCAUUUGGAGUCGUAUAUCAGGUAUUUUUGUUAAUUAAAAGUUAA